GGGAUCUGCCUGAAGCAGCACAAGCGCCUGGCCCAGGCCAUCGCGCAGGCCCAGGACCACGGUCUCCUGUGGCUCCGUGUCCCCUUCGUGCCGGUCCCUGAGGAGGAUUUCUCCAACCAACACCCGGCCGUGGGGAAAACUCCGCCGGCGCCCGCCCUGAGGGAGCCGGGCCGGGCCUGGUACCCCUGGUACGAGUGGCAGCAGCCCCCCGCCGCCGAGGUGGCCCGGGUGCGCCGCCUUUACCGGGGAUUCCUCAAGGAGGAUUUCCCGGAAAACCCCCCAAGCCCGUCGGGGAAAUAAAACCGUUAAAAAUCCUC